AUGAAGGUUUUCAGUCUCUUGAUGCUGCUUGCCACUGCCGGAACUACCUUGGCAGAGACCUGCUCACUCGGGAAACAGUGUCAAUGUCUGUUUCCUGACAAAUCACACUGCUGUCUCUACGGCGCGAACGCAAUGACCGGAAAUGAAUAUGAUUGCACAAAACUGUGUGAGGGUGCUAGUCGAAUGCUUCAGAGUGGCGAAGAUGCCCCAGCAAAGUGUAAUGCGGGCGGUGAUUUCGCCUGUGCCUCUAUCUUCACUGCGCAGACUCGCACUCCAUGCUACAAUGGCGUCUAG